GUACUCCCCUUUGACCCCUCGCUCGCGUGCUACACAUCCGGGCCUCUGUUACUAGUGAGGGGAAGAUGGCGGCCGCAACUGUGGUGGUUCCCGCAGAGUGGAUAAAGAACUGGGAGAAAUCAGGGAGAAGCGAAUUUUUGCAUUUAUGCCGGAUUCUCAGUGAAAAUAAAAGCCAUGAUAGUUCUACUUAUAGAGAUUUCCAGCAAGCUCUCUAUGAGUUGUCAUACCAUGUCAUUAAAGGAAAUCUAAAGCACGAACAGGCAUCUAAUGUUCUUAAUGACAUUAGUGAAUUUCGUGAGGAUAUGCCUUCCAUUCUUGCUGAUGUAUUCUGCAUAUUAGAUAUUGAGACAAAUUGUUUAGAAGAAAAAAGCAAGAGAGACUAUUUUACACAGUUGGUAUUAGCAUGUUUGUAUUUAGUUUCAGACACAGUUCUAAAGGAACGCUUGGAUCCAGAAACAUUGGAAUCAUUAGGGCUUAUCAAACAAUCACAGCAAUUCAAUCAAAAGUCUGUUAAAAUCAAGACAAAACUUUUUUAUAAGCAACAAAAAUUCAAUUUGUUAAGAGAAGAAAAUGAAGGUUAUGCCAAGCUGAUUGCUGAAUUGGGGCAAGAUUUAUCUGGAAAUAUUACUAGUGAUUUAAUCUUAGAAAAUAUCAAAUCUUUAAUAGGAUGCUUUAAUCUGGAUCCCAAUAGAGUUUUGGAUGUCAUUUUAGAAGUGUUUGAAUGCAGGCCCGAACAUGAUGACUUCUUUAUAUCUUUAUUAGAAUCUUACAUGAGUAUGUGUGAACCGCAAACACUGUGUCAUAUUCUUGGGUUCAAAUUCAAGUUUUACCAGGAACCAAAUGGGGAGACUCCAUCAUCUUUAUACAGAGUUGCAGCAGUACUUCUGCAAUUUAAUCUUAUUGAUUUAGAUGAUCUUUAUGUACAUCUUCUUCCAGCUGAUAAUUGCAUUAUGGAUGAACACAAACGAGAAAUUGUGGAAGCUAAGCAAAUCGUUAGAAAACUUACGAUGGUUGUGUUGUCUUCUGAAAAAAUUGAUGAGCGAGAGAAAGAAAAGGAAAAAGAAGAGGACAAAGUAGAUAAGCCACCUGACAACCAAAAACUUGGUUUGUUGGAAGCCUUAUUAAAGAUUGGCGAUUGGCAGCAUGCACAGAACAUUAUGGAUCAGAUGCCUCCGUACUAUGCAGCUUCACAUAAACUAAUAGCCCUUGCUAUUUGCAAGCUAAUCCAUAUCACUAUUGAGCCUCUUUACAGAAGAGUUGGCGUUCCUAAAGGUGCUAAAGGCUCACCUGUUAAUGCUUUGCAAAACAAGAAAGCACCAAAGCAGGCAGAAACUUUUGAAGAUUUGAGGAGAGAUGUAUUCAAUAUGUUCUGUUACCUCGGUCCCCACCUUUCUCACGAUCCCAUUUUAUUUGCAAAAGUGGUGCGCAUAGGCAAGUCAUUUAUGAAGGAGUUUCAGUCUGAUGGAAGCAAACAAGAAGAUAAAGAGAAAACGGAAGUUAUCCUUAGCUGUUUGCUUAGCAUUACUGACCAGGUACUACUUCCAUCUCUUUCUUUGAUGGACUGCAAUGCUUGUAUGUCUGAGGAACUAUGGGGGAUGUUUAAAACAUUUCCCUAUCAGCAUAGAUAUCAUCUGUAUGGCCAGUGGAAGAAUGAAACUUAUAACAGUCACCCACUUUUAGUAAAAGUUAAAGCUCAAACAAUAGACAGAGCCAAAUAUAUCAUGAAGCGUUUAACCAAGGAAAAUGUGAAGCCUUCUGGAAGACAAAUUGGGAAGUUGAGCCACAGCAAUCCAACCAUUUUGUUUGAUUAUAUCUUGUCACAAAUACAGAAAUAUGAUAAUUUAAUAACACCUGUAGUUGAUUCAUUGAAAUACCUCACGUCACUGAAUUAUGAUGUCUUGGCCUAUUGUAUCAUUGAAGCUUUGGCUAAUCCAGAAAAGGAGAGAAUGAAACAUGAUGACACAACCAUCUCAAGCUGGCUUCAGAGUCUGGCUAGUUUCUGUGGUGCGGUUUUUCGUAAAUAUCCAAUUGAUCUUGCUGGUCUCCUUCAGUAUGUGGCCAAUCAACUCAAAGCAGGCAAAAGUUUUGACCUGCUUAUAUUAAAAGAAGUGGUACAAAAAAUGGCAGGAAUAGAAAUUACAGAGGAAAUGACAAUGGAGCAACUAGAAGCCAUGACUGGUGGGGAGCAGCUAAAAGCUGAGGGUGGUUAUUUUGGCCAGAUUAGAAACACUAAAAAAUCCUCUCAGAGAUUAAAGGAUGCAUUAUUGGACCAUGAUCUUGCUCUUCCUCUCUGUUUGCUUAUGGCUCAGCAGAGGAAUGGGGUAAUCUUCCAGGAAGGCGGAGAGAAACAUUUGAAACUUGUGGGAAAGCUCUAUGACCAGUGUCAUGAUACCCUGGUACAAUUUGGUGGGUUUUUAGCAUCAAAUCUAAGCACAGAAGAUUAUAUAAAGCGAGUGCCUUCAAUUGAUGUGCUCUGUAAUGAAUUCCAUACACCCCAUGAUGCAGCAUUUUUUCUGUCUAGGCCAAUGUAUGCGCAUCAUAUUUCGUCAAAAUAUGAUGAACUUAAAAAAUCAGAAAAGGGAAGUAAACAGCAGCAUAAAGUUCAUAAGUACAUUACGUCAUGUGAGAUGGUGAUGGCUCCUGUCCAUGAAGCAGUGGUCUCCUUACAUGUUUCCAAAGUCUGGGAUGACAUCAGCCCACAAUUCUAUGCCACAUUCUGGUCAUUGACAAUGUAUGACCUUGCUGUUCCACAUACCAGCUAUGAACGAGAAGUCAAUAAGCUAAAAGUCCAGAUGAAAGCAAUUGAUGACAAUCAGGAAAUGCCUCCAAAUAAAAAGAAAAAAGAGAAGGAGCGUUGUACUGCUCUUCAGGACAAACUUCUUGAAGAAGAAAAGAAACAGAUGGAACAUGUACAGAGAGUUCUACAGAGACUGAAAUUGGAAAAGGACAACUGGCUUUUAGCAAAAUCUACCAAAAAUGAGACCAUCACAAAAUUUCUACAGCUGUGUAUAUUUCCUCGAUGUAUUUUUUCAGCAAUUGAUGCUGUUUACUGUGCUCGUUUUGUUGAAUUGGUACAUCAACAGAAAACUCCAAAUUUUUCCACACUUCUUUGCUAUGAUCGAGUUUUCUCUGACAUCAUUUACACAGUUGCAAGCUGUACUGAAAAUGAAGCUAGUCGAUAUGGGAGAUUUCUUUGCUGCAUGUUAGAGACUGUGACCAGGUGGCAUAGUGAUAGAGCCACAUAUGAAAAGGAAUGUGGAAACUACCCAGGAUUCCUUACCAUAUUACGGGCAACUGGAUUUGAUGGUGGGAAUAAAGCUGAUCAAUUAGAUUAUGAAAAUUUUCGGCAUGUUGUACAUAAAUGGCAUUACAAACUAACCAAGGCAUCGGUACAUUGCCUUGAAACGGGCGAAUAUACUCACAUCAGGAAUAUCUUGAUUGUGCUAACAAAAAUACUUCCUUGGUAUCCAAAAGUUUUGAAUCUGGGUCAGGCUUUGGAAAGAAGAGUGCAUAAAAUCUGCCAAGAAGAAAAAGAGAAGAGGCCAGAUCUAUAUGCAUUGGCUAUGGGCUACUCUGGGCAGUUGAAAAGUAAAAAGUCAUACAUGAUACCUGAAAAUGAGUUUCAUCACAAAGACCCCCCUCCGAGGAAUGCUGUGGCCAGUGUACAAAAUGGGCCUGGUGGUGGGCCUUCUUCAUCAUCGAUAGGAAGUGCAUCUAAAUCAGAUGAAAGCAGUACUGAGGAGACUGAUAAAUCAAGGGAGAGAUCUCAGUGUGGUGUGAAAGCUGUUAAUAAAGCUUCUAGUGCCACACCAAAAGGGAAUUCAAGCAAUGGAAAUAGUGGCUCAAACAGCAGCAAAGCUGUUAAAGAAAAUGACAAAGAAAAAGGGAAAGACAAAGAAAAAGAGAAAAAAGAAAAGACUCCAGCUACUACUCCAGAGGCCAGGGUACUUGGUAAAGAUGGUAAAGAAAAACCAAAGGAAGAGCGGCCAAAUAAAGAUGAAAAAGCAAGAGAGACCAAGGAAAGAACGCCUAAGUCUGACAAAGAAAAAGAAAAAUUCAAGAAGGAAGAAAAAACUAAAGAUGAGAAAUUCAAGACGACUGUUCCCAUCGUAGAAUCAAAAUCAACUCAAGAAAGGGAAAGAGAGAAGGAGCCAUCCAGAGAAAGAGAUAUAGCAAAGGAAAUGAAAUCAAAGGAAAAUGUUAAAGGAGGAGAAAAAACAACAGUUUCUGGGUCCUUGAAGUCACCUGUUCCCCGAUCAGAUAUUGCAGAGCCUGAAAGGGAACAAAAACGCCGCAAAAUUGAUACCCACCCUUCUCCGUCACAUUCCUCCACAGUAAAGGUUACAGCCAUACUUCCCAAAGUUCCUCUGGGUUCUGAGAACUAUGCCAGCUCACCUGUCAUCUCCAUUCAUUUUCUACAGGACAGUCUCAUCGAACUCAAGGAGUCUUCCGCAAAGCUCUACAUUAAUCAUACUCCUCCACCACUGUCCAAGAGUAAGGAGAGAGAAAUGGACAAGAAAGAUUUGGACAAGUCAAGGGAAAGAUCCAGAGAAAGAGAGAAAAAAGAUGAAAAGGACAGGAAAGAGCGGAAAAGGGAUCACUCAAACAAUGACCGGGAAGUGCCACCAGACUUAACCAAGAGGCGGAAAGAGGAAAAUGGAACAAUGGGGGUUUCAAAACACAAAAGUGAAAGCCCAUGUGAGUCUCCUUAUCCAAAUGAGAAAGACAAGGAAAAAAAUAAGUCAAAAUCUUCAGGCAAAGAAAAAGGCGGUGGUGAUUCAUUUAAAUCUGAGAAGAUGGAUAAAAUCUCUUCUGGUGGCAAGAAGGAAUCCAGGCAUGAUAAAGAAAAGAUAGAAAAGAAAGAGAAAAGGGACAGUUCUGGAGGAAAGGAAGAGAAGAAACAUCAUAAGUCCUCGGACAAGCACAGAUAAUGAAGACUUUCAGCCAAGGGUAUGGACAGACCCCUAAGCUGAAGGUCUCCCAGAGGAGGAUGCCAAAGCUCCAUGCGUCACUCUAAGAACGAUCUCUCCCAUAAUUAAGAGCUUCUGGUGCUGUCCAUUUAAUGGGAAUCUGCUUUAAGUCAGAAGAUGAAUAUACACCAAUAUCCUCUUGAUGAGACAUUCCAAAGUCACUGAUUUUCAGAACAUUAUUUUCACCUCCAGGCAGUUUCUUGCAGCAAGGUCCCUGUGCAUACAAUUUUUACUCGAGAUACGCCAUCCAGAAGCAGCAUCUAAUGAAAAUUUCACUAACUAACUGAGUUUUAGUUCAUCCUUCUUUCUCAGAAAGGAGAGGAAACCACGUCCUGGAACCAGUUCCUUAAAGAUGUAGAUAGGCUGUCUUUGUGUUCGAACUCCUAUAAGUUUGACAACGUUGGGAUGAUUAUGUCACUUGAGGAUUUUGGCUUCUUGUAAAAAUUUUAAUUUCAGUUCCUGGAAAAGAUCUUCUUUACAUGUUUUAAUAGCAACAUGAAUUUUAUCCUUUAAUGUCCCCUUAAGUAUGUCAUUACAAUUUCCCUUGCCUAGUAAUUCUCCUAAUGUGAUGUCUUCAUGAUUGAGUACCCAUUUCUUAUUCUACUAAUUAUGGUCAUAUGGACACCAUGAUGUUCUUUAUUGGAACAUUACUUUUUUUUCAAUUGAAGAAAUUGAGAUAUUCACCAUUUUAAAGUGUACAAUUCAAUGGUUUUUAGUAUAUUCAUUAUAUUGUGCAAUCAUCACCACUGUCUAAUUUCAAAACAUUUCUCUCACCUCCAAAAGAAGCCCCAUGUUUGUUAGCAGUCACUCUUAAUUCUCCCUUUCCUCCAACCCCUGGAAACCACAAUGUACUUUCUACGGAUUUGCCUAUUUUGGACAUUUCAUAUGAAUGGAAUCAUGCAAUACUGUGGCCUUUUGUGUCCAGGUUCUUUCACUUAGCAUCAUGUUUUCAAGAUUCAUCCAUGUUGUAGCAUGUAUCAGUACUCCAUUCCUUUUUAUGGGUAAAUAAUAUUCCAUUGUGUGAAUGUGUAUCAUAUUUUGUUUAUCUAUUCAUCAGUUGAUGAACAGGAACAAUGACUUUAAGUAUUAAAUUGUAAGUUCAACAUCAGUGUAUCCACAAUUAUAAUUGAUAAUGUCAAGAUUAAUACAUGGUGUGAACAGAAUUCUGUGUAGAAAUGAUAUGUAAAUUAUUUGUCAGCAUUUCAUGCAAGUGUGAUUAUUUUCUAAGGCCCCUUCUAGCUCUCGUUUUAUGAAAUAUGUGAAUGUAGUAUUUUCAUCAAUAAAGUUUAAUGCGUUAAGCAUUAGUUUAAAAUUUGAGAACAAAUGUUAGGCAGAUAUGAAGUUAUUUGCCACAUGUUGUAAUGAUCAUGUUUUGAAUUUAUUUCAAUAUGCAGUAUUUGAAAAUGUCAAUACAUAAAGGAAAGGAAAUGAGUAUAAUUGAGUCAAUAUAUUUUUUAAGCAAUUUUUAUAAUUUAGCAGACGUUGCAUCUUAAUAUAAGUCAUUAUUAAAAUUGUGUCCUUGUGAAAAAUGUGAUGUUAUUUUCCUCUUUUUUGUUAAUUAUGUAAAAUAGGUUCCUUUUCUUUGGUAAAUGUAUUCUGUUCAUUUUUGAUAAGCUAUUACUUGCCCCAUGGAAUGUUUUACUUCUUGCUAUUUUUUCCCCUCCCCUAACCCCUACCACUCCUUUAUACACAAAUUGUUCAGUGUUGUAUUUUUUUAAAGAGUCAUACAUAGUAUGCCCAUCCAAAUGGUUUCUAAGAGUGGACAAUGAGAAAUACAUGAAUAUUUUCAUCCUUUUCUGGCAAUUCAAUUCAAGUCUUUGUUAUUGACGGAACUCACUAACUUUUCUUUCUUUAAACUUCUUUCCUUCCUUCUUUUUUCUUCCCUUCCUCCCCCUUUCCUUACCUUCCUUCCCCACCCUGCCCACUCUCCUCCUUUCUAUCCUUCCUUGCUUCCUCUCUUCUACUUCCUUCCCUCUUCCUUUGACUUCCCUCAUACCCUCUCUUCCUUCCUUCCUUUCUUAUCUAUCAAUAUAAUCACUUUGUUUCUUUCAGGUGAGAUUGGAAUGAAAUUGUUCAUCUGUGACCAGAAAUUUAUUUUCCUGAGUAGAUUGCCGAGAAUUAUGAAUGAAGAGGGCCCAUUUGCAUCUCCUUAAAUUAUUCAGUUAUCUGCUUUAUUGCUCCAUGUGGAAAACCUAAAAUUGUUGAGUUGUGCAUUACUGUAUUUUUAACUUGUUGCUUAAUUUCUACAUGUUUAUUUUCAGUAAUGGCUGAAAGUGUUGAUUGUUCCAUAUUUUUAGCACAAUGUGCUGCAUACACUUCCCAACAAGCAAAUAAGGUUACAUGUGUACAGAAUUUCACUUUUGGUUAACUAAAUAUUGCCUGAGUUUAGUCUCCCCCCUCCCCCAUUUUAAAUGCUUCCUUUUUACUGUUUGAAACUGAAAAUAAACAAUUAUUGAACCAUUUUGAAUUUA